CGAUCAAGUGAAGCCUGAGGUUUUGUGGCUAUCAUAUCAGAGCGGAUCAGCGAUUGCUUUGCUCGCUGCCGUUCUUCGAUCCCUCUGGCCGGUGGAUGGUGAUCACGCGGGUGGCCGUCGGGCUGCUGCGCGCCCUCGUCGCCGGUGUCUUCUGGGCGGCCGGCACGGCGGUGGGCGCCGCGUACGGCCUCCUGUCAGCCGGCUUCGUCGACGACUACGAGGAGGACGGGUUCAUGCAGGGGACGCUGCUGGGGGCGAUCGUCGGAGCGCUCGUGUCCCUCGACCUCGCCGGCUCCCUCCUCACCAUAUGGUGCCGCUGCCGCCAAGACGACCACCGCUCCACCGGGCGAAUCAAGCGCACCGUCGGCGCCGUUGUUGCGCUGACGGCUCUCGCCGACCCGCACUACUCCGGUCGCGGUGACCUCGUCGUCCUCUCGCCCAACCAGCCGGUGAUCACGGGGACGAAGGACGCCGUCGUGGUGGUCACUAAGGACACCGCCGGGCAGAGCACCUGUCCCCACAUGCUCCCACGUUUUCCACACCGUCGGGGCGGCGAGCGCGCGGGGAGGCUCCGCGCAUGCUCCCACGUUUUCCACGUGGGCUGCAUCCGCCGCUGGCUCCUCCGCAGGCCGCACUGCCCCAUGUGCCGCCGUGCCGUCAGCUAG